CGCGCGUUGAUGACGUAGCAACCCCUCGACGAAAACAUGGCGGCUGCUGAACCGGUGCUAGAGGAGGCUGAAGAUUAUUCCUUUUUACCUAUUAUUCACGACAUAAUAAAAUGCAUGGACAAAGACAGUCCAGACGUCCAUCAGGAGCUGAACAAGCUGAAGACGAAGAUCCAGGAGGCUCGGGAGCAGAUCGCGGCGAUGCCGGGGAUCGACAUGAGUCCCGCGCUGCAGGAGAGCAGACUGCGCAGCCUCCGAGAGCAGGUCCGGACCAAGAACCAGCUUCUGCAGAAAUACAAGAGCCUGUGCAUGUUUGACAUCCCCAAACCCUCCUGACACUCUGCAGAGGAACCAUGGCCGUGCUGCUGUGUGUAACUAACCAGCCAACCCACUGAUGCCACACUUAUAUUUGUAAAAUUGCUGUAUUUUUUAUAAUUUAGUUUUUACUUUGAGAGUAGCAUUUACAAGAUUACGUGCUUGUUAUUAGUGAA